CAAACCUCUAGAUCUCUCUCUCUCUCUCUCUCUCUCUCUCUCUCAAUUUGAAGAAGAUUAGCAGCAGCGGCGAAAGAAGCAGAAGAAGAAGGAGGAAGAGCUUGGGAUAUGGCGUCGUUGGCUGCUUUUCAAGACCCUGAAACAAGGCAUCAUGCCUAUAGCAGGAAGCAGAAAUCUUUGGGACUCUUGUGCUCGAACUUUUUGAGCUUGUACAACCGAGACGAUACUGAAUCCAUUGUUUUGGAUGAUGCAGCGGAUCGAUUAGGAGUUGAGCGGAGGCGGAUCUAUGAUAUUGUCAAUGUCUUGGAAAGCGUCGGGGUUCUAGCGAGAAAGGCAAAGAAUCGGUAUACAUGGAAAGGAUUUGUAGAAAUUCCCCAGGUUCUAAAGGAACUUAAGAAGGAGGCUUUGAAAGAGAACUUUCCAAGCACCUACGAUUCUAGCAAUUCUGCAAAAGUUUCAGAUGACGAGGGGGAUGAAAAAUCCGUUGAUCCAAACAUUGCAAGCAGGGAAGACAAAUCAAGCUCCACUUCUGUUAAUUGUAAACUUUCUGCAUCCUCCAAAACUGGUGACAACAAGAGAGAGAAAUCUCUGGGACUUCUUACAAAGAACUUUAUAAAGCUAUUUCUCUGUUCUAAUUCGGACUUGAUCUCCCUUGAUGAUUCGGCAAGGAUAUUGCUUGGUGAUGCCCACAAUUCAUCGCAGAUGAGAAAUAAUUCUGCAGCGAAAGUUAGACGAUUAUACGAUAUUGCGAAUGUGUUGUCUUCCAUGAAUCUUAUUGAAAAGACCCACCAUGUGGAAAGCAGGAAACCUGCGUUUAGGUGGCUAGGGAUUAAAGGGAAACUUGAGAAUGGGUCAGUUGGGUCUUUCAAUCCGGUGGACAGCAGAAAAAGAGUAUUUGGAAGUAACAUAACAAAUACUAGUUUUAAGAGAAACAAGGUGAAUUCCAUGAUGGAUGAGAAGGCUAAACAGAAGUCAAAUAUCCAAAUGCGAACACAGUUGAACCAUGAGAAUUUGGCAAAUGAUAUGGGCAGAAACCAAAUCGAGCAGACACCAAAGCAAAGUUCCAAGGAUUUCGUGUUUGGCCCUUUCAGUCCAGUUGUUAUGCCUAAAGUUGGUGACUCGGAUAAGAAUAAUGUAAAAAGGGUUCAGGACUGGGAGGGCCUUGCCUCUUCUUAUCGCCCUCAGUAUCACAACCAAGCUUUGAACGACCUCUUUGCUCAUUAUUUGGAGGCAUGGAAGUCAUGGUAUGUGGAAGUCGCUGGCCAGAAACCAAUUCAAAACUUCUUUUGAUGCACCUUGAAAUUUUUAAUAACAGUGUACACAUGUACAUCAAUGAAAUACCAUUUUUAAUUUUUCUUGGGGGAAAAGGUGGCCUUUUUGGCUGCAUUUUCUCAAUGCUCCAACCAGAAUUGCUAUACACCAUUUCACACUCUUCCCCUCCCUCCCCUUUGAAUUGAAUAAAAAUUUGUUUCAAGGGUUUGUUGACCCAUUAUAAAGAUUUGUUUAAUUUGCUA